AGCGAUUCGGUUCGCUGUCGUUUCGUUUAACCCGCGCGUCGAUAAUCCUAUAGGUCGGUGUCAGUAGAACAGAACAGAACCUGUCCCAUUCCAUGCCAUAAGUGGUGGUUUAUUCGGUGGUUGCUCGCGUGUGAAUUCCGACGGUGAAAUACUAGUAGUGCGUGUGGUAUCACCCCCUCCUCGCCGUGUGCCGUGUCAUGUUUUGGCGGAAGGAUAACGUUUGCAUCGCCUACUACCCCAAACAGAAGCAAGUGUGAGGAACAAAACAAAUAGUGAAAAAAAACAGGAAAAAGCUAACAAACGAAACUCACCUGGUUGGAGUGGUUUAGUGAUGUAUGGAUUUUUUUUUGUAUUUCGUCGUAUGUUUUGCUCGGUCACCCAGGGUUAAUCGAUUAAUGCUGGUGAGUAGAGCAUGGCACGUGGAGGCCGAAACGAGUGCGGUGUGAUGCAGAGGAUAAAUUAUGUCAGGAUAACAGGAUUACUUGUGGUUCACUAAGCCGUUCUUGUUGUUGCUGCUGCUGUUGUUUUUUUACCGUUGUGCUCUAGUUUUGAAGGAAGUCUCGAAAAAGUUUAAGGGAUAGUGAAUUAAUGGAGGUGGAUAGUGUCCAGUACUCCCCCAGUACAGCCGAUCGAUUUAUAUAAUUGAGUGAUGAUUAUCGGCAGUGAGGUGAAGUGGCUUCUCGUUCAUCAACGCAAAUUACUGUGAGCUGUUUAGUUCGCGGCCAAGCCUGAGUGCAGUGAUCAAUGCAUAAUUGAAUUGAUUUCGAGUUUCCCUACUCGUUCAGAGAGAGCGUCAGUGUAAGUGAUAGCAUCAUUAAAAAAAUAUCAAUGAAAUUUGAAUGAUUAAUCGGAUUUCCGCAGCUGUGGGAUGUGUCGAUGAAAAAGAAAAAUCCUCGAACAAAAAAGGCCUGUUGAACAACGGAACCACACAGUAUCGUUUGGUGUGCAGUGCAUACAAUAUAUUCAUAAGCACGACCGUUUAAUUAUGGUAAUUGAAAAGCGAAAUCCGCGGGGUAGUGAAAAUUGACAUGCAAACAGGUGGAGCAAAUUAAAACCCCAAAACAUACACAUGAAAGGUCAUCCAAUAAAGAAGCAUCACAAAAGCCCAGUAACUACAACAGGGAAUACGUACUGAAAGGGAACACACCCACCUACACCUACUAGUUACUAGUACAACAACAGUACCGAGCGGAAAUUGGUAACCGGCUGCUAGUUCGCCUGCUGUGUAAUGACACACGCACGCAGUAGGCCAACCGACCUACCUACCUACCUAUUUAUCCAUCAGUGAGUGAGUGGCCGAAGUUAUUGUCAGUGAAGUGGAAACAAAAAUCGUCACACAGUGAAUUAUUCAGCGUUGCAGCACCACGUGAACAGAUGUUUUCUGCCAUAUGUGCCAUAUCAAGCUGAACAGCGUGUGUCGUCGGGUUAGUAGGCUGUGAGUUUUUAUACCGAUUGGAUUCCUGUGCCAUCGAAUGGGAGCGGGAGUGCGAUUGAUGCUUGGAUAUUGGAUAAACAACUCUCGGAAGGAUCUGUAUCCCCAGCUUCGAUAGGAUUUCGAACCCGAUUGAAACCAGGCGAACCACGACGGGCGGCGAAGAUUUAGUUUAAACAACCACGACGCAUAAAUUGGGUGUCGCCGCGCAUUUACAUCCGUCGUCGUACCAUACCCGAGAGCCAAGGUUCGGAAGUAGAACUCUAGCGAAUGAAUAUUUAAAAAGAACCGAAUAAAUGUACCCGACGAAAGGCUGCAGCGCCAAAAAAAAACACUGAACCCUAAUGGAACACUAAUCAACCGUGGAGGAUUGGAAGGAUUUGUGGGACCCUUUUCAGGUUUCGGCUUGAAUCGAUAAGGGGAAAGGUUUUCCUAGUGUUUCCGGAAUGUGUUUGAAGUAAAGGGAAACUCCUAAUGGAUCGGCUCCAAUGUGAUUGGGCUGCAAAUGUAUCCUGAAAAAGGAAGUUUUCCCGUACCGAAAUAGGAAGUGAGUGGAUUUUGCGGAAGAAAUUUAUAAAUAACUGCGUUUCCACGUCCGGUGAAACAAAAAGCGUGCUCCGUGAUCGAACCGUGAAAAGAAGGAUCCGGAACGACCAGCCGGACGCACGAUAGGUGCAAAUGAAAUUGUACAGAAAUGUGCUCGCUAACAUCAGUGGGGUGAAAAAACGUAAGAAAAAAUACCAUUAAUUUUCAGCAGCAGGAUAAGAAAAACAAAGCCCAACCCUAGGCGUAAGCUCAAGGUCGACCGGAUAGCUCCCUCCAAUGCCGGGGGACCAGAGAAAGUAUAUUAAAUCAUUGUUCCAUUCGUCGUAGAUGUGAUUUCAGUUGUUCGUUCGUUUUUUGUUCAGUGGAAAAGUGUGUUUGUGAAAAAAGAAAAGUGAAAUCCGUAGAAAAAUCUGCCAUUCAGAGUCACGUGAAGAAAGCAUAAUGGCGAGAUACGUGACAAGGCAGAAUUAUUAUUUAUGGUGCAUCGUUUGCCUCGUUGGGAUGCUGGAACUCGGCGAUGUAAGUCGGGGGAGUGCCCAAGGCAGUGCCCUCGUAGAAGCCAGCACCGUCAUCGGCGAUGAGAAUGGUCCACUAUUUGAAGUACAAACAGCUGUCGGACUGGACGUAUCGCUGCCGUGCGAUCUGCUGCCGAUCACGAUGAUGAUGAUGACCGACAAGGUGACCCUGGUCAUCUGGUAUAAGGAAGGCAACAGCAAGCCCAUUUACUCAUUCGACGCCAGGGGGAAGAGCCUACAACAGGCGAUCCACUGGUCGGACGAGGCAGUGCUCAAAUCGAAGGCGUACUUCUACUACGAGACCAAUCCGCCGGCGCUUCGGAUAAAGAACAUCAAACAGGAGGAUGCCGGCUUGUACAGAUGCCGAGUGGACUUUCAAAAGUCACCAACGAAAAACUGCAGGAUAGAUCUGGACGUGCUGGUUCCCCCCUCGAAGGUAACCAUCCUAGAUGAGCUGGGAGCGGCCGUCCAGAAUAAUCUUGUCGGUCCCUACCGGGAAAAUGCCGACAUCAACCUUACCUGCGUAUCCAGCGGGGGAAUUCCGACCCCGAAGGUGACCUGGUGGAAGGAGCAUGCCCUGCUGGACGAUUCCUUUCUGGUGCUCCCGGAUGGAACGGUUAAAAACGUUCUCUACCUGGAGAAGCUAACUCGCGGCGAUUUACAUUCGAUUUAUACGUGCCAAGCUAGCAACGGACAUGUAGUGCCACCGCUUUCCACUGCUGUCAAAUUAGAUAUGAAAUUGCCACCACUAUUCAUCAGCAUGCAGGGCCUACGGGAGAGCCUGACGGCCGGGAUCAAGACACAGGUCUCCUGUCUCACCGCUGGCAGCCGACCGGCGCCGAGCAUCGUAUGGAACAAGGGCACAUCCAUCAUCCGGGGAUCGUCCCAAACGACAUCCAACGAUGGAAACGUGACCGUUUCGGAGCUAGUAUUUGUACCCGGACCGGAAGAUAAUGAAAAAUCAAUUACAUGCUCAAUUAGCUACAGCGAAUUCGGGGAAGCAGCGAUCCAUCUCAAAGACUCUCAGGUGCUGGACGUCAAGCAUGUACCGGUGAUUUCGCUGUCGCUCGGGGCGCCACUCAACUCCCAGAACCUGAUGGAGGGAUCCGACGUGUACCUGGAAUGCGACAUCAAAGCGAACCCGGCGGCGAAAAAGAUCGAAUGGUUUCAUAAUAACAAACUGCUACAAUCAGCGCGCGGCAUAAUCAUCUCCAAUCAGACGCUGGUGCUGCAGACCAUCACGAAGGCAACCCACGGCGAGUACAUGUGCAGAGCGGCCAACACGCUCGGAACUGUCAACAGCAAUCAGCUCUAUUUGGAUAUCAAAUAUCCGCCCGUUUGCAAAUCCGAAGCACAAAUAAUACGUGCCGCUGUAAAGCAAACAGUUAACAUCAGUUGCGAUAUCGACGCUAAUCCGAUGCCCAACCUGCUCUUUAGGUGGCAGUUUAAUAACUCCCUGGAAAACCUGCUCGAACUGCCGCCCUACACAAACGUUGAGUCGGAAUCGCAUCAUCAGCUAUCCCAGUCCGAACCGGAACUAGGAUCCCACGGGGACCAUCCCCAUCACCAUCAUCAUUCGUCGUCGUCGUCAUCGUCAUCAUCAUCUUCUUCCUCUACUAGUAGUAGCAGUGGAACCAGUCACAAUCUCCUGGUCGGUCCGAACCUUGAGGAAAUGGUGCGUAGAAAGCUGGAACGGCAACAGCAGCCCCCGAAGGCGGCCCUGGUCGAUGGUCAGCUGUACAUGUACCGGAUCGAGUCGUUCACCAACUUCGGAACGAUUACCUGCACGGCCACCAACUCGUACGGUCAGAGUGGCCAUUGCCUCUAUCAUAUCCUGGUGGCAGAUGUACCUGAUCCAAUUAAAAGUUGCACAAUAUCAAAUGUGACCGCUUACACGGUGCACGUGUCCUGCAUCGGCGGCAAGGAUGGGGGUAUUCCGCAGCAGUUCCACGUUGACAUUUUUGACGAACACUCGAAAAAACUCCUCUUCAGUAUCACGUUCCACGGCUCAGAGAUGCUACUCAAAAAGCUCCCCAGUGACACGAAGUUCAUCAUCAAGAUCACACCGUUCAAUCUGCAGGGCACGGCGCCGACCAGCUACCGUGUCAAAGCUCAGACCCUGCCGGCACCGCUGCUGCGUACCGCUCCCUCGAAAGCAGUUCUGGUUCAGCUGACGCCGCUUCUGGGAGCACUGGUGGGAGCCGCAAUCACGCUCUUCCUCGUCGCUAUCUGUAUCAUCAUUUUUGUGAAGUUCAAGACGAAGAAAAAGCAUCACCCGACGGCAACGACCGAACAGGACAAAGGCAGUGCCGAGCCGUUAAGCCGAAACAUCGGGAGUCACUCCAGCAUCGAUGACAAAAAUCCGGACGUGAUACCGCACGAGAACAGCGAGGACGACGAGGAGAAACAGUUCGAGCGGUUGGUGCUGGACACGGACCGGUUGAAGUUCACCCAGCCUACUGUGAGCUUUUCGCCGACGACGACGCACCUGUCGCCCACCGGGAAUGGACUGAAAAAACAGUUCGGUGAACUCUCGCUGACGACCAACCCGAGCUACGCGAUCUACAACUCGCCGGUGCGGAGUGUCUACAGCAGCACCUGCAAUCCGGCCGGUGCGACAACCGCGACCGUGCUGCCAGUGCGGACGACAUCGCCGAACAUCUACACGAGGCUGCCUUUGCGGGACUUUACGCCCGGUACGUACGACAGCAUGCUCAGCACGUCCCAGACGUCGUCGUCGUCGGGUGGUGGCGGCAGCAGUGGCUACGCGACGUCUCAAAUCUACACCGCCAAGAUGCCACUGCUGACGACGAACUACGCCGAGCUGGCAUCACUGGACAAAUGAUAGCAGUAAGCGGGGUGCGGUUUUGCAGAAUCGACUUCCAUGACAACCGUCGCUCUAGGAGAGGAUGGUCAAACAAACAAACAUACACAGACAUACAGACAGUGUUCACCAUUGGUCAAUUCGAACUCAUUAAAAACCUUCCAACGAGAUGGGAGCUUCUUGCCAUACGAGUACAUUAGAUCACCAUCAAAUUCAUCGUUCGUAACAAGCUAGUUAGGAAGCCGUAGGUAAGCUUUUUAUUUUAAAAACUGAUCGAUAGAGUUUAAUUGCAAAGUACUGUACAUAGCUAGAGUCCCAAUUUCGGUACUAGUUUGUAGACUAGCUAAAUUAUCGUUAAACAGAUGUAUAAUAAAGAAAAAAGGGGUUUAAAUGGUCAACAAAAAGGCUACAAACCAAUCAGUACCACUAUAUAUGGCAAAUUGUUAAACAAUUUGACUGGUUUUAUUGUUGGUCCACCGCUUCCCCCGCCCCCACACAAUGUGAUUUCGGUUAGAGUUCAGAACCUUUUUCUAGUGACAGCAGAGGCCAUAAAACUUGUGCAAACACACAGGGCAGAAGAAUCAUACAUAUAUUCGUCGUUAUCAACGCCUACCUAGUUUAAGUCAACAGAUAGAUCCAACGUAUCGAAAUCCCUUUAUUUACACUAGGCAUCUACAGUUUUUACCCAGCCUGCUGUGUUGGAUUGAGAGCUCAGAAUAAAAAAAUACUGUGCACGAUUAUUUCGAUUUUUAUUUGUCCUAUCAUUUUCGGUCAAGAUAUCGAACAGGGUCUUUUAUUUUUUUCUCUUGUCAAGGGGUAAGUUGUAGCGAAGUGAAACGGAUGAGAAUAGGAAAACAAAACAGGGAAUAGUUCAAUAAAUACACUAACAAAAAUAAGAAAGCAAAUAUCGCACCACAAACAGACAAACCGACACCGGAACGGAAAGGAUGAGGGUAUCGCGACCGAAGGGCAAGUCAAUAAAAGCAACCAACUCCAUAUCAUUUCAUAUCAAUAAUGAAAAAUGAAUAAACAGCUCUGGUGAAGUGAUAAGCGUUCGGUGGAUGGAUAGACGGCUAGUUCAUGGUGAUUGCACCCGCGUUUUAUAACAUGAUUUUAUUGUCCGCGCUGCAAUGGGCAUAUUUCGCUCCAUCUCCGCGGGGCUGUUUGACAAGGACAUGGACCAAAUAAGUACGUAGGCGUGUCUCGUGGGAGCUGGAAUCCCAGUUUGUGUUAUCUAUACGAACGAUAUGAACCGCUGGAACGAAAGAAAGAAGUACAAAACAACGUCAACGUCUCUAUUUACCUUGGCUCAAAUUGAAAGCAUCAAGGAGUGAGUUUACGGGUCCGUUCACGAUGUCGUAAUCGCUCCAAAGUGCCAUACUUUGUCAAUAUUGUCUCGAUCGAGGCGACUGUUCCAAAGGCAGACAGACGGUGUAUGGUUGUAGCUAUUCGUUUAGUGUCUAGCGGGGGGAUAGAGAGAAACAGAGAAUUCAACUGGGAAUCGCUUGAUGCUACUGUAAUUGCCCCCCCUUAAACAAGAGCAAGACUGCACACAUGCCAUC